AUGAGAGUUUCGCAAACUAAAACUGUACUAGACUUACCAGAUGCGUCGACUUGGGAGGUCAAGAAGAGUAGACAUGCGAUGACAAGAGCGGUAGUGCGGUGUCGCGCGCGUCGCCGCUCUCGCAUUUUACCGGCGCCGGAGUGCGCCUGCGCCUGCACCAAAUACCACGUCACUACCCACCGUCAUCACAGCGCGGCCGACCGCGCUUCAGCCCAAUAA